AUGGAGGAGAGUGAACAAGAAUCACGACAAUUGGCUUUCACGCCAACAUUUUCUAUUGCUACUGUAUUGACAAUGUUCGUUGCCAUUUCUUUGCUUGUGGAGCGCACCAUUCAUCGUUUAAGCAAUUGGUUGAAGAAAACUAAUCGGAAGUCCUUGCUUGAAGCUUUGAAUAAAAUGGAAGAAGAGAUGAUGCUGCUGGGAUUUGUAUCACUUCUAUUAACAGCUACCUCACACAUGAUAGCAAAUAUUUGUGUUCCAUUGAAAUUCACAGUUGGAGAGUGUGGGAGGAUGACGCUCAAAUGGGUCCACAGAGCGAAUUCCAUGACAUGUUUUGUACGACAAUUUUGGAAUUCUGUGAAUCGCACCGACUAUCUAAUACUUCGCAAAGGCUUCGUCACGCUUGUUCUUUUAGUUGGAACAAAACUGCAGCAUGUUAUUGCAACAUUGGCAUUGGAGAAUGCUGAAAUAACUAACUUCUUCUCUGAAGCGAAGUUGACACCUCGUGAUGAACUUUUCUGGUUCGCUGGACAGUUUCUCUGCAGCUAUAGUACUCUCCCACUAUAUGCACUUGUUGCACAGAUGGGAACCAACUAUAAGCCUGCAUUAAUUCCAGAGACUGUAAGGGAGACAAUUUAUAACUGGGGAAAGGAAGCAAGGAGAAAGAGAAGGCAUGGUACAAUCAAUGAUGACUUUGAAUUAUACUCAAUAAGAGCAGAAUCAUUAGCAAAAUAA